GCGGCCGCCCGCCGUGCGCCCGGGACCGGCGCCGUGCCCGCCUCUGCCCUCUCGCCCGCCGGCGCAAACGUUAACCUGCGGGGCGGCCCCGCGGCGGCGGACGGAAGAGGAAGUGGAGCCGCCGCCGCCGGCUGCCGCCGCCGCGAAGAGGCUCCGUGACGGCGCGCGGGCGCCAGAGCUGAGGCCCUUCCCCGAGCGGGCGGCGGCGGCCGCGGACCAUGCGGGCCGCCGGGCUGCUGUGGGCCGCCCUCUGGGGCCUGCUGCUGCCGCCGAUAAAUGCAGAAGAGGGAAUCCUGCAUGCUGCUGGAAAUGGUGUACCUCCAAAAACAAAAGAUUACUGCAUAAUUUACAAUUCUAAUUGGACAACUCUUCCAGAUAGCCUCAACAAUGCUACUUUCAGGAUUCUGGAAAACCUGACUUCUACGGUACUUUGUAAUUCUUCUGAAGCUCCUUCUGGCUUAUUGAAGGACAAAGCAGUUGCAGUGAUGAGAGGAAACUGCACUUUUCUGGAGAAAGCAAUAAUUGCUGAAAGACUGGGUGCUAAAAUGCUGCUGAUUGCCAGUAAACCUGGGCUAUCUCCUCUUACAGAUAACAAGACUGACUUUAAAGAUGUGACUCUUCCAAUUGCUCUUAUAAGAUAUAAUGAUAUAGUGGAUAUGCAGCUGACUCUUGGAAGUGAAAUUAAUGUGACUCUCUAUUCACCACCUUUGCCAGAGUUUGAUUGCAGUAUGGUUGUCAUCUUCGUAAUUGCUGUGUUUACUGUGGCACUAGGAGGCUAUUGGAGUGGAAUAUCAGAACUUGAAAAUUUGAAAGCUAUGGCAAAUCCUGGAGAGAGAGAAACAAGACGAAAGAAGGAGGAAAAUGUUACUUUCACCCCUCUAACAGUCAUCUUGUUUGUUGUCAUCUGUUGUGUCAUGCUAGUAUUGCUUUAUUUCUUCUACAAAUGGUUAGUGUAUGUUAUAAUAUCAGUCUUUUGUUUGGCAUCUGCAAUGAGUCUGUACAACUGUCUUGCUGCAUUAAUCGGAGAAAUACCAUUUGGGCAAUGCAGGAUUGCAUGUUGCAACAAAAACAUUGAAGUGAGGCUUAUUUUUCUUGCUGGAUUCUGCAUAGCAGCAGCUGUUGUCUGGGCAGUAUUUCGAAAUGAAGAUAGGUGGGCUUGGAUUUUGCAAGAUAUUUUGGGAGUUGCUUUCUGCCUAAACUUUAUUAAAACACUGAAGAUGCCCAACUUUAAGUCCUGUGUGAUACUUCUAGGCCUUCUCCUUUUAUAUGAUGUGUUUUUUGUCUUCAUAACACCAUUUAUCACAAAGAAUGGGGCAAGUAUAAUGGUUGAAGUUGCAGCUGGUCCUUUUGGAAAUAGUGAAAAGAAUGAUGGAAACUUGGUGGAAGUCCCUACUGAACGCUCAGCUCCCCAUGAGAAAUUACCUGUGGUUAUUAGAGUGCCUAGACUUGAAUACUCUGCAUCAACACUGUGUGACAUGCCAUUUUCGUUGUUGGGCUUUGGAGACAUUAUUGUCCCAGGGCUUCUGGUUGCCUAUUGUCGACGAUUUGAUGUCCAAACAAGUAGUUCUUCUGUAUAUUAUAUUUCCUGUACAAUAGCUUAUGCUGUUGGUAUGGUGCUGACUUUUGUUGUUUUGGCACUAAUGAAGAUGGGACAACCUGCUCUGCUCUACCUUGUACCAUGUACGCUCAUUACUAGCUCACUUGUUGCUUGGAGACGUAAAGAGAUGAAAAAGUUUUGGAAGGGUAGCAGUUAUCAGGUAUUGGACUCCUGCAGGACGCCUUUGCUACAAGAUGAUGGAACAUCUGGAUUAUGCAGGAAAUGAAGAAGGCACAGCAACAGCCAGUGAACAGCCUGAAGGACAAUAACAUGUAUGAUCCUGAUUUAAAAUAGUGUUCAAUUUUUCCAAAUUUCUCUACAAAGAAAUUACAGUAAAUUUGGUUAAUUUUUACAGUAGAUUAUUUCACAUUCUGUGUAAAAGUUUGGGGCUUGGGGGGUUAUUAUUAUUAUUAUUAUUAUUAUUUUUAGACUCCUGCACCUAUAUUUUUAUGGAAAGAUACUGUUAGUAACAUAAUAGAUUUGCAUUUUUACAGCCAAACUAUAGCUAGUAAAACCGUGCCUUAUUUCAAUUUAAAUAAAAGGAUAUUUUCUAUGCAAUUUUCCAAAUGUGUUUCUAUACAAUAUAUUUUUAUACAAGUUUCUUGCCCAUAUCAUCUUGAAGUAUGAAAUGUUGUCUUAAUUUUGAUUAAGAUUGGUCAAGUUUCAUUUCUCGAAAUCAGUACUACCAUUCAUAGAAUUUAUUUACAGAUUUUGAAGGCAAAGACUGAAAGCAGUGAAACUACAGGAACUGACAAAUGAAACUGUAGUUCCAUUACUACAAGUAAUGGAGCAGAUGGUGCGUGUGUUAAUCUACAUACAUUGUAAGCCAUAAAAUAGAUAACAGGGCAACUUUAACUUGUGGUAGUAGUCUUUUUUUUUUUUUUUUUUUUUUUUUUUUUUUUUUUUUUUAAUUGGAUAUUUUGCCAUUUUUAAAAAAUUGGCUUAUUUACACAGUGGCCCUAGAAAUUUAGAAAUUUAAAUGCAACUCCUUGAUAGUUAGCAAGGAAGAUGGUGCUAAAAGCAAGAGGGUUUUUGCUCAACAAGUGUAAUUUAACUAUUUGAGGGGAAAAAACUCUGAAUUUUUAACUCUGGCAUGGCUCUUCUCCUACCCAUUGAGACUUAGUCCAUAUUUGUGAUCUUUGUUUGGCUGUGAAUCAGUACAAAUGGGUGGUAGGAAAAAAAAAUCUAACCAGUCCUAUGUUUUGGAAACAAUUUUGAAAAUUCUUUGCAGUUGAUAGACAAACAACAGGUUUGAAUAGUGCUAGUCUUGCUGUGUUAGUUAAGGCCAAUGCAUGUGUUUAACUUGUGGUUUAAUCCUAAUUUAUCUUAGCUUUUAAAUACUCUAAAGAAUUUGAAAGGAAAAAUAAUUUAAAUCAUUAGUUUGCAUUUAGAAGAGUUUUUAAGUUUGUUUGCUUGACACUUCUUUUCUUGGGAAACUGCAAAUUGAGGGGGAUUAGGCAUAGAAAAUUUGUAGUUGUAAUGCUAACACUUUACACCAAAGACGACUGGAUAAGGUAACAACAGGAAACCACUGAGUUCACUUAUUGGUAAUGUCAGGUAGUCAUUAAAACAUUCUUCCUAUUCUUUAAAUGAAUGUCAUUCCUGUAGUCAGUACAAGUUUGAGAACCCUGGAGAAAACAAUUGAGUAAGCACAUGCUGGGCAACGGCAAUGCAGGCUUUCCUGCACUGUUUCACAUAAGUGCCUCAGUGUUGGUCUGUGAAGGUCACCUCUAGACAUUAAUAGAUGUUUUGGGGCAUGUCUGUUCAGGAAAACUUCCCCAGAUUAAAUCUAGCUUAACAAGAUUUACUUUGGAAGUAUCCAUAUUGGCGGUCACAAAGGCUUACCACAAAUCUACUGCUUUACUUGAUUGAUUUCAAGUUUAAACUUUUCUCAAGAGUCCUAAUGUAGACAAGUUUAUAGUCGGAAUGUCCGUUGCUAUUCACACAGAUUACGAUGGUGCAGGUUGAUAUGGGUGAAGUAACUAUUAUAACUGCAACUUCCCUAAAACAACAAAAAAGACAGUUUUCAGAUGUUAGUAGUUGGCCCUCGCUACUCUACUGAUCUAAGCUUGAACAGGCAGCCCCAAAGCGGAAUGAUUUUUGCACCCCAUCUUAAAUUUUUGUUUCUUUGAGGCAGCUGGGCUGACUGGCACUUAAUAACAAAUUACAGUAUACCUCAGUGUUUUGAUAGCAGACUGCAGACUUCUGUUCUGAUGUGUUGUCAUGCUCUCUGACAAGCCCAGUCUCUGCCAAAGUAAGUGUCUGAAAGCUCUUUGAAAGAGGUAAAGAAGUCAUAACUCAAUGUCAUGCAGUACUCAAAGCCCUUGGAAGCUUUAUAAACCAAUGUAAUAUGACUUCUUUUUCUCUCUGAAAUCUUCUGUGUAGAGGAUUUAUUAAAUUUUUAGCUAUAAUUGAUAAUGGAGCUGGUAUAAAUUCAGACCACCUUGGCAACGUGCGUAAGUGUAUUCAGCAGCUAGCUGUGGAAACUGUUUUGCUCUGUGCCUAAUUAUGCUCUAUGUCUGAUCAUGCCUGAGGUUUCACACGCGCGUGCUGCAGUUUGAUGGGAUGUAAACUAACUCUUUUUUUUUUCCUUUUGAAUGCUUAGGUGCUUUGUUUACAGAAAUUAAGAGUGGAUUUUAAAAUUUUGUAUAAAUAAUAGGUUAGUAUUGACUACUGAAAUGGGUUUAUAUAAAUUCAAAAGAACUGAUUGCAACACUUAGCAAUUUUGAAUGUUGUAAUAUUAAAUUUGAUUGGGCUAAACACUAUGUUAAAAGCCUUGCUAGAAAUACUUAAUAUAAAAAUCUUACUACUUUUCCUUGUAUGUUUACUGACAAUACCCCUGUCCUCACAACUUCUAAGUUAUCACUUUAAAGAAUGUUAUUAAUAAAUGUUACUUCUAAAAAACCAAAAAA